UGGAGUGCCUCUGGUAGAGGGUUGAAGUUUAUAAACGACUAUAUUAAUGAGGAAGUGUUGCCGUGGUAUGCCAAUACACAUUCCAUGGCCAAUACCACCGCCACCCAGAUCAGCAUGUUUCGAGAGGAGGCUCGCCAGAUUGUAAGGCACACAGUUAACGCUAACUCCGACAAAGACAGUGUUAUAUUCCAUGGAAACGGCACAACAGGCGUAGUCUCCCUCCUCCGGCACAUCAUAGACGCGGAGAACUCCAUAUUCAUAGUAGGAGAGGAAACCCACCAUUCACUUUACACUCCGUGGAGGGACGUUACUAAGAAUGUGCUCAUGUUAGCUGAUACCCCAGAUAAGGGGGACCAGCUGGAGCAGAUCCUGGUGCAGAUCCGAGCUGUGGAUCCGGAGGUAGUGGUGUUUGGGUGCUUUGCUGGGGUUAGCAAUGUUACCGGGGCAGUGUAUGAGGUAGAUAAACUCGCUCAGAUCCUGCACGUCCACAAUGCGCAUAUCAUCGUGGACUAUGCUAGUGGUGCACCGUACAUUGAAAUGAACAUGAACCCGGUGAUAAAAGGAGCGUAUAAAGACGUUAUUGUUUUCUCUCCUCAUAAGUUCCUGGGCGGAGUUGAAACUCCGGGAGUGCUGGUAAUUAAGAAGAACCUCUUUAGAAACUCCACGCCCUUUGUGAGUGGCGGAGGAACUGUGUUUUAUGUAAAAGAGGACGAGACGAGGUAUUUUAAAGCUCCGGAGCUACGGGAGGAAGGGGGGACUCCUAAUAUAAUAGGCUCAAUCAGGGCAGCUCUGGCUUGCUAUGUUAAACUUAAUGUUGGGGUUCAAACUAUCAUGUCUAUCAAUCAGAAGAUCGUGGACAAGGUUAGGGCAGGAUUUAGUGACACUCCUAAUCUUAUACUUUUAGACGAUCUUGAAUACACUAAAAUCCCGCUGUUUUCUUUUCUUAUUCAACACGACGGACUAUACCUUCAUCACAAUUACGUGGUCACCUUGCUGAACGAUUUGUUUGGCAUUCAAACUCGAGGUGGCUGCUUGUGCGCUGGGCCAUAUGUUCAACGGCUCCUGGGGCUCGACACAAACCUUAACAAUGCAUACCUAAAACUCUUAUCCGAAGACCCCAAUUUGGAUCGCCACCAUUUGCGGCGAACCAAAGAGUACAGCUCACAUGAAAUCUUCAGACCGGGUGUUGCCAGACUGUCUAUCAGCUACACUACUCCUUGUGAGGUUGUGGAUUUUGUGGUCCGUGCUGUUCGGCUGGUGGCGGAACAGGGGUGGAAGCUUCUACCCUUUUAUAGGUGUAAUCAUGAGACGGGUGAGUGGCACCAUCUCAACAACCUGCAGUUCAACAACAGACGGUGGUUAUCUCAUCUUAAACUUGAUAGUGGUGGUGUGAGGACUAAAUCGUUUCCUGUUGAAUCCUAUCUUGAUAUGGAGGAAUGUCUGAAGAAAGCUGAAGAGGUGUUUAAAGGUAUCACCAGAUACAGUAAUGUCCAAGGAUCAAGUGCAGUUUUCCAGGAUGCCAAUGAUUUGAGAUGGUUUCUGUUGCCUGCCGAUGUUGUUAAUAAGGUCAAUGCGUCACAACCGAUUCUAACUAAAGCACCCUUUAUUCCUAGUAUGAAGAAUAAAACGGACUCAGAUGAUACUAUUGCCUUCAGGAAAAGAACAUUAGACCAAAUACUAUAUCAUUGCAAAUCUUCAGUAGAACAAAAACCGCUUUCCAUAGCUCCAAGGAAGACGUCACAACCAGGAGCCGCCCCUUUUUCUCUCAUACAUUACAGUCUUACAUUCCUUAAUUCCCUCGUCUCAUUUCCUUUCAACAUCCUCUUUUAUGGAUUAACCUUCUUCAGUCGACACCAUUUGAACAAAACACCAGCUAUCGAGUCCACUGAAGAUAUCUUGUCUGUCUCUUCAAGUUUGCAUAACAAAACUUCUGAUCAUACGAUACUUGAGGUAGAUUCUAAGAACGGCACUCAAGCUGAAUCCGUUGUAUUCAAUGCUCCCUCCCCUGCUAAUGAUAACGGGACAGCUAAAUGUCCUGUCAUUUCCUCCAAACCAAAAGAUCCAGUGAUAGCAAAGUGGCACGCCCCCACCAAGAACAUCCUGAAACCCAUGAUGAAAGCCAUCGAGGAGUACCAGAUGAUAUUAAAUGGUGAUAAAGUGCUGUUGUGUUUGUCGGGGGGCAAGGAUUCACUUUCCUUACUUCACGCCCUUAGACAGUUCCAGUUCAUCGCCAAAAAGAAAGGUGUAGUAUUUGAGCUUGGAGCUGUAACAGUAGAUCCCAUGACACCAACAUUCAACCCCGCCCCGCUGAUUCCUUACCUAAAGGAACUCGGUGUACCGUACCUGUUCGAGAGGCAGGGUAUUUUGAAACAAGCUGAGGAAAUGGAGGAGGUUUCUAGUAUCUGCAGGUUAUUGUGCAGUAGAAUGAAGCGAGGUCGGAUAUACGCAGCUGCCCGGGCACAUGGAUACAACGUGAUAGCAAUGGGACAACACCUGACGAUCUUUUGCGAGAGUUUCCUCAUGUCCAUAUUUCACAACGGACUACUCAGGACAAUGAAAGCAAACUACACGGUAACAGAAGGAGACCUGCGCGUCAUACGUCCCCUGGUUUACGUCAGAGAACGGGAUCUGCGCACCUUCGCGGAGACCAAACAUCUGCCCGUGAUCGCGGAGAACUGUCCGGCGUGUUUCGAGGAACCUAAGGAGCGCCACCGGGUUAAGCAGCUUCUCGCACAGCAGGAGCUCCUGUUUCCAAAUCUGGCUAACAGUUUACAGCGAGCCAUGAAACCUCUUUAUUCGAAACACAAGGUUGGUAUGGAAUCAAGACCCAUCACGAUGAAUGGAACGAUCCCAGAACAAAAUGGUCAUGAUAAUAAAGAAUGCAUUGAGAUUGAUUUAUCUGGUGAUGUUGAUGAUACAGGUGAUGAUUUAAUGUUUCCCGAUGGGUGCUGAAGUUAUUUUUAAGUUAGGAAAUUUAUCGGCGUGAAAUGAUUUCAGAUUCACACUUUGAAAGACCCUUUUUAAUGUUUUUUUAACCGUAUUUUAGCUUUUUAUGGGGUGGGGUUAGAGUUAUUUUAACUAUAUAACUUAUUGUUAUAACUUAUUGGAUUUGUUAAAUUAUUGCCGUGACCUUUGUGUAUAUUAAUUUAUUCA